UUCCAAGAGUCUCAAAAUUCAAUGACUUUAUAUUAAUCCUUAAGGCUCUCUUGCUCUAUAUAUAUGCUUAUCGUAUCAUUUGAUUCUUCACUCAAACAAAUAUAACAGCAUAUUUCAACUUCUACUUCUAUACAAUCAUCAUAGUAAAAUGAGUGGAAAAGGCAGUGGCGGCGGUGGAAAAGGAGGAGGUGGUGGUGGGAAAGGAGGAGGCAACAGUGGCGGAGGAGGAAAAGGUGGUGGCUCAGCUGCAAAAGGAGGUGGCGGCAAUGGUUCUUCGGGAACCAUGAAGGCGCCGGGAGGAGGUGGAGCAUCCAUCUCAAGAGCUGGAUUUGAGAGCAACCCUCAAGGCUACUUUGCUGGCCUUCAUGCUGCUGAAAAAUCAUCUAAAUAAAUUAUAUAUGGAGUAUCAAAUAUUUAUCUAUAGAGUUUGAAGCACAUCUUAUAUAGUAUCGUAUAUGUAUCAUGUGCCAACUCUUUUAUCAAUGAAUUAAACUUGAAUUAUAUUUAA